AGGCGCAGGGGCGGGACGUCGUAAAAGUGCCGGCGCUUGACGGCAGCGGUGUCGCACGUUCGGGAAAGGGCGGACGGGCGGCGGCGGUCGAGGAGCCAUGCCUCUUCUUGAUCUUCAGGACAAGCUGGGAAUCAACUUUGAUAGAUGGCUGCUCAUCCAGAGUGCCUCCCAGCCCAACAAGCACGCUGCUGCGUGCCAUGCCUUUGAAAAGGAGUGGCUGGAGUGUGCCGAUGGCAUUGGGCUGGCACGUGCAAACCGGGAGUGCGUACAGGAGAAGGAGGACCUUUAUGAAUGUGUGAACAAGCAAAAAAUGAUACAGCGUAUGAAGACUAUCCUUGCACAGAAGAAGAAGCUGAUGAAGGAAGGGAAAUACACCCCGCCAGACUACCACAGUGGCAAGCCGGAGACCAACCCCUGAACUGCUGCUGCCCACAGCUGUGGGGGAGCCCACUGGCUCCGACUGUCUUGCGCUCGCUUCCUGGCACGGGUUGCUUGUGGGAUAAGUGAAGCUGCAGUCUGUCCCGGGCUUGAAUAAAAUCCCUCCUCGGCUCUUGCAUGUUGA